ACGGUUGAUCUGUGAGCAAACACGUACGAUAAAGGAAGAGUUUUAUUUAUGUUUAGCGCGAAUUAUUUAUCCGGAAUCGGAAAAUAUUUGCCUUAGGUACGAAUGCGCGAGACGUAGGCUCCGGUCGAAUUGAUGGGUGUUUGUUUAGUCGCGUCUGGACGGUUUAAGUGAUAGAUUUUAGGAUGAAUUGAGGUGGCAGACAUGGCGGCUACCAGAAAACUACAAGGCGAAAUAGAUCGGUGUUUAAAAAAAGUGUCGGAAGGCGUGGACACGUUCGAAGACAUCUGGGCGAAGGUCCGCAAUGCCGGCAAUACCAACCAGAAGGAAAAGUAUGAGGCGGACCUCAAGAAGGAAAUCAAAAAGUUGCAGAGGCUUCGGGACCAGAUCAAAAGCUGGAUCGCGUCCGGCGAGAUCAAAGACAAGAGUAUCCUGAUGGAGAACCGGAAGCUGAUCGAAACGCAAAUGGAGCGGUUUAAAGUGGUGGAACGCGAGACAAAAACUAAAGCGUACUCGAAAGAGGGUCUGGGCGCGGCCCAGAAGCUGGACCCCGCGCAGAAAGAGAAAGAGGAGAUGCAGCAGUGGCUCAGAUCGUCCAUCAAUCAGCUAGCGAUCCAGGGGGACUCGUUUGAGAGCGAGAUGGAGCAGCUCCAGUCCAAGGGCAAGAAGAAGCUGGACAAGGACAAACAGGAGCGGAUGGACGAGCUGAAGGCGCGCCUCGAGCGGCACAAGUUCCACAUACACAAGCUGGAGGCCCUCCUCAGGAUGCUGAUGAACGAGUCGGUGGAGGUGAAGCAGAUCAAGCCGAUCAAAGACAACGUCGAGUACUACAUCGAGUCGUGGAAGGAGCCCGACUUCGAGGACAAUGAGUUCAUCUACGACGACAUCAUCGGGCUCGACGACGUCGAACUGUCGGGGGUGGGGCUGCCGUCGUCGGCGACUACCGACAGCAACGACACGGGAGUGUUUUCAGGGACGCCGACGUCGAUAAUAUCGGGGUCGUCGCCGAUCUCGUCGCCGCUGCCCUGCGGAGCGCCCCCCGCCACCUUCAACCAUUCCAGUGACGCGAACAACAGCUGCGGGGAGGCGGACAAACGGGCUGCGGUCGGGGCGUCGAAACCCGUGAAGCCGACGCCCGUGAGGGCGACCGCCGCCCCCGCGACGGCGGCGGCGACUCUCAACACCAGCACCGGCUCGAUCCUCAACUACAGCAGCUGCGCGACGUCGACGCCGUCGGCCAAGGCGGCGUCGCAAGGCGCGACGCCCAAGGCGCCGCCGCCGCCGUCGAGCCCGCCCCUAGGGGCGAGCAAUUUCGCUGCGGUGGCGGCCAGCACCGCCAAGAUUAGUACAAGCGGAGAUAGCAAUCCCUCGUCUGUGAUACCCAACGUUAGUCAGCAAACCUCGGGGGCGGCGGCGAUACCCGCCGCCAACGGCCCCACGCCCGCACAAGUCACGACGACGGUCUCGACGACGGGCGGCCCGCAGAAGCUCAACCCGGCCGACGUCACGACGCCCGUACAAAACAGCCGCGUCAGUCCGGAGGCGGCGGCGGCGCCACCUCCGGGCACGCCGUCGCCGGCGCCCGACGUCCCCGCCGCGACGCCCAGCGACAAGAUCUCGAUCGACGGCCUGACGUCGCUCAAGUCGAUGGCGCAGCAGGUGAUAGACAGGGCGGGGCUCGAGAGCCAACUCGCGGAGGCGCCGCCCCCCACGCCGCCCCACCUCCACCAGCAGCAGGCGAUCCUCGACUCGGCGGCGGCCGCCAAGAGCCUACAGGCCAAGUCGGAGGCGCACAUCCCGCCGCUGCUGGGCGUCGCGCCCCUCGGCGCCGUGCCCCUCCAGAAGGAGCACCAGCAGCAGUUCCAGCUGAUGGAGUCCGCGUUCUAUCACCUGCCGCACCCGUCCGAUUCGGAACGCAUCCGGACGUACCUGCCUCGGAACCCCUACAACACCCCCUCCUACUACAUCCAGGCGCCGCUCGCCCACUCCGACACCCUGGAGUUUUACCAGCGCCUCGGCACCGAGACCCUCUUCUUCGUCUUCUACUACAUGGAGGGCACCAAGGCGCAGUACCUGGCGGCGAAGGCGCUCAAGAAGCAGAGCUGGCGCUUCCACACCAAGUACAUGAUGUGGUUCCAGCGGCACGAGGAACCCAAGAUCAUCAACGAGGAGUACGAGCAGGGCACCUACAUCUACUUCGAUUACGAAAAGUGGGGCCAGCGCAAAAAAGAGGGCUUCACCUUCGAAUACAAAUACCUGGAGGACAGAGACCUUAAUUGAUUAAAGUAAUAUUUAUAGACGCG